AUGGCAGCCCCCACAUUGUCUGCCAUGAUCGACCCGACAAAGCAGGCCGAAUACCCAAUUGUGCUGGGCGAGAGGCUGCAGAACUCCGACACAAGCCGACUCAUUAACAUCAACUACAACCACAAAUCCAAGUCCGCCACCUCACAACAACGCUCCACUAUCUCGCACUCGCGAUCGACCGAGACUGACCUUUACGACCUCGAGGUUACUGAUAAGGCCCCGAAUGCCGAUCACUCAUUGGUCUAUUCCUACAAAGGCAGCGAAGGGCGCUCGGGCGAACGAAGCCUCGUUCUGAUCUUUGACCCGGAGCGGAAAGUCUUUGUUCUGGAACCAGUCUCGACAACCUUCAACUUUAAUUUACGGUCGGCGCCAGGGAAGACGGAGAAACAAGUUCGCGAGCAAUAUGAACAACUGCAGAUAAAGGAAGAGGAUGAACCAGCCACCUCGGGCGAAGACCGUCACACGGGGAGCGCCAGUGAGGAUGAGGGCCCGGCCGACGCGAGCAAUCCUUACGACUACCGACACUUCCUCCCCAAAAAUCGGCCGCAAGGUGACAAGCCAAUCUCCGGCCACAGCACCCCGGAACCUACCACAAGCAGGGCCAACACACCCUUGAUACCGACUGCCAAACCCACGCCGAAACCCGCCUCCCGCCCCAAACCCCAGGCAAACCCACUGCGACAGAAGAAACAGCCAGCCAGACAACCAGCCAAAGCACAACCGCCUGCGAAGCCAAGCGAGCCGGUCAGACAUCAGGAGCCACGGGAGCAAGAGGAUACUCGCUCGUCCCCAUCUGAUGCAGGGACGGGCUCACAACAAACCGGACAAUCUCCAGGCUCCAACAUCAUUGUUGAUGGAGAUCUCAUUAUUGACAUGGGUUCUCCACCCCCGUCGCGCUCAUUCCUCGUCAACCCAGCCUACUUCUCGUCCAAUAAUACCCCAGCAGAUGACGAGGGAGACGAAGGCAUAGGAGAGUUUAGUCUGCCCUCUCCGGCUACCAAUAUGGUCCCAGCUACUUUGGCAGCGACUACAGAGACAGCCGUGACAGAAGAUGAAGUGGAGGACGACGAUGCUUUGGCGGCAGAGAUGGAGGCCGCUUUUGAGCAAAGUGCUCGUGAAGAGGAGGCUCGAAACCAGUAUAUUCAACCCACCAGGCAAUAUGUUCCCAGUGACGAUGAGAGUGAGGUCAGUGAGGAGGAGUGA